AUGGGUAAAAGUAACGUUAAUAAAAAUACAGCCGUAAGUGCGAAGGAAAAACUCCACAGGGUUCAAGAAAAAAGCAUAAAAAAGACGAUAUCAAAAAGUGAAAAUAAACGAAACAAAAUAAUCCUUCCAAAUGAUUUCAAGCCAGAUGUCGUCUAUCAACCGCGGUUUAGCUUAGAAGAGUUGAUUUGUGGUUCAGACAAAGUACGCAGCUCUUCAAAGCCACCUAGGCCUCUAAACAGUUAUUUUUUACUUAAGAAAUGCCUGCUCUUGGAGCUAUGGGCACGAAACUUAAAGCCAACCAUGCCUGCCGCAUGCGUAUUAGCUAAAAAACUCUGGGAUAAUGCCCCUGAGGAAGCUAAAAAUAUUUAUGAGGAUCUUGCAAGGCAGGCGGAAGAGUGGCACCAAAAAACAUUUCCAAAUUAUGUAUUCGAGCCGAAAAAAAGGCCACAAUGCAAAAAUAAGCCAUUCCCAGAAAAGAAUAGCUCGGGAAUGCUUUUGACUUUUACCCUCGAGUCCCCUUCCCCUCAACAACCUCUUCAGAUUCUUGAACCACCAAGACCUAUUUCUGAUGUAGAAACCACAAACAGAAAUAUAGAAGUUUCUGAUGAGGGUAUUCUCAUCGAACAAUUGAAAAAUAUACAACUUGAUAAUCUAAACAAUGUGUACCUGGUGUCCCCAACACCAAUGAAUAAUAGUUUUCAACAUCAAAAUGAUGUUGACUACAUGUAUCAACAUCAGGAUGAAAUCUCUCAAUUUAAUUAUCCUGGUAUUGAGAGCAUCUUUUCUGAUGUUGAUGGGGUUAUGUAUAUACAAUAUAAGUAA